UUAUGUAUUAUCAGUUAGCAGGCAACGAAGUAAACAGUCGUUCGAGAUUUCAUUACCCUUCCCAAUACAUCCUUCACAAUGCGGCUCCGAUUGGUGAUCCUAGCGGCAUUUAUGCUUCUGUUCCUGCUCGUCGAAUCCGCCACUGCCGGCAAACGGCGGAAAAUCAUCAUCCACGUACCGGUCAAAGUGAAGCAGCAGAAGCAUGUGCACACGGAAGUGAAAACGGUGCACCACCACCACAAGCCGACGGUGAUUAAGGAGGAGAAGAUCGUGAAGAAGGAGGUGCACAAGCCGGUCGUGAUCAAGGAGGAGGUGGAGCACGAACACUUCCACCAUCACUACAAACACGAUCAUCCCACGUUCGAGAUCGACGGCCACGACGCGAACGGGCUCGGUUCAAGUCUUAUCUGAUAAGCCACUCAAAAAAAAACACAAAAACAAAACAACCCCCAAAUCCCAAACCACUGCCACCGGAGAAACUAAUAUAAUGAUAAGGAUAAAUUGAAAUUAAAGCAAAACAAAGAGACGUAAGAAGAGAAAAUCGUUAAUAAAUGUUUGCAACAAACAAAUGAACAACAAAAACAAUUAAAAAAAUAAUUAAACAACCCCAAAAACGGGCGGAAAAAACUGAUCUAC